AUGCUUCCCCUGAUCUGCGUCUGGCCGGGGCACAUUCCCCACGAGCAGGCGACGGCGCUGGCCGUGUCUCGCGACGGCUCCACCCUCUUCACAAGAGUCCGGCCGGCAAUGAACAUGCUCAAAUCAUCCGACGGAGGCGAGACGUGGACGCUGGCGAACCGGGGCCUCCCGGACAGGAAGUUCUUUGCCCCUUUCGGGGGGCAAAAGGCCCACUUCCAGCCGGCAGAGACGAUUGUCAUCUCUCCCGCCUUCAGCUCCGACCAAACCGUCUUUGCUGCAUUUGGCGCGGGCGGCGCAAAGAGCGCCUGCGGACUGUGGCGCUCGCGGGACGGUGGCAUCAACUGGAACAAGCUCUCGCGCGCGCCGCUUCCUCGGGGCGCCUUUGAUGGCCGCGGCUCACCCGUCCUUGCCCUCGCGCAUGACUUUGCAGCGAGUGGCGUCGCGCUGCUCAUCGGGUCCGGCUCGCAACUGCUGCGGUCUGAGGACCACGGCGAGACUUUUCAGCCGGUGAGCGACGUCAACCGCAGCGUCGUCUUUGUCACCGCGACGAGCAGCGCACUCGUCGCUGGUGACACGGAUGGGGAGAUCCUCUGGUCGACGGACGGUGGCAACAAGUGGCGGACCGCAAUAAUGCUCGCCAAUGUCACAUCGUCGCUCGCCGAGGUGGCGACGUCCAGCCCUUCUGCGGGCGGGCCCAUCGAGCUUUUUGCGGGAUCGGCGGGGGGCGUGUGGCACAUUCGCCUCCCUCGGACCCAAGAACCGGACCGCAAGCCCACAAGCGCGCUGCUCGGAGAGCUCACAGCCGCGGGUGGCGCCGCGGCCUCCGACGUGACCCAUGUGUGUUCUACAAGGAGCGGCGCUCUCCUCGUCGUCACCGAGGGCUUUGCUGACCGCGGCGUCCACGGCAGCGUGUUCCGCAGCACCGACGGAGGCCGCACGUGGGCGAACGAGCUCGCCAACGGGCUCGCAAUCUGCCGCUCCUGUCCAGAUUGGAGGGGCAGCGGCGGGCCGAGUUUCUCUCACCUCUCCUGCGCUGACAGUGGCGACGCGUUCGUCGCGUCGUACGUUGGAAUCUUUCGGCACCGAGCGCGAGACUCUGCGUGGCGCCAUCUCGAGACGAUAGGCCAGGAGUUGCUCUCGCUUUCGGUGGGGCGGAGCGACGUCGGGGGAGAGCGAGGCUUCCAUCUAUCCGCAUGCCCCACUGCGGGAGACUGUGUCACCGCCUCCGUGAGCGAGCGAGCGCUGCGCUCCUACAGUUUGCAAUAUUCACCAGACGGUGCCCCGCCCAUCGAACUGGCCAGGAUGACCUCGCCGUGGCCGGCCGUCUGCCAGGGCGAAGGCGGCGGUCUCGCUGAGUGUGGAGAGUUUGACAGCCCUCUGGCGAGGAUGCACAACGUCGUGGAACACGCGCCUAACUUCGAGCGCAACGGUGUCGCGCUUCGGUCGACGGUGCACGUGAAUGGGCUGCUACGCACCAUCGAUGGCGGGGCUACCUGGAGCUACGUGAAGCUGCCGACGCUCUUCGCCAGCAUGGCGCGAGCGAUGGUGCACUCGAUCGCGUUUUCGCCAACCUUUGAGACAGACGCGACGGUGUUCGUCGGCGGCUUCAACCUCGGCGUGGCGCGCUCCACCGACGGCGGCGCAACGUUUGAGACGUCGUGGCGACCUCCUCGCCUCCAGAGCACACAGGUGUCGCCGUCGCCACACUUUGCCAGCGACCAAACGGUACUCGCGCUCCUGACGCCGCUGGGCAAGGACGACCUCGCGUACAUCGGCGCCUCCCUCAGCGCUGCCCUCUUCCCGGGCGGCUACGACCCUGGCGAGCAGGAGCUGCAUCUUUCAAAGGAUGGGGGACGGUCGUGGGAGCCAUUCGAACUGGCUGGCCGAACCGGGUCAGGGAACUGGACCGCCGCCCUGUUGGGCGACGACCUCGUCAUCGGCGUCCACCGCGGCACGCUUGUGUUCCGCAGCCUCGCUGAUCGAGGCUGGUGCGCGCCUCUCAAGAGUCGUGUCGGGCUUGGCGCGUUACAGGUCGACGCCGCUGGGAGAGAGGUGCUGGUCGGUCUUGUGGGCGGCGGCGCAAUCCGAGGACGCCCGUCUUCCCGGGACUGCACCCUGGGGGAGACUGCUAUGGCGGUGGUCGGUGCGGCCGAGCCGAUGGUCUUUGACCUUCCAUCCUACCGGGCCAACGCCGUGCGCGGCUACGGCCGCAUUGUCGCCUUCUCGCCCGAUUUCGCCAAUGACGGCGUGCUGUUUGGCGCCUCGUUCUACUCUGUCCUCGCCUCCCUCGACCGCGGCUCCACCUGGCGCACCGUCUUUCGGUUGGGACACACCACCUCACGCGGCUGCGACGUUGGGUGUCGUCGCUGCAGCGGCGGGUUCAACCUGUUGCCGAAUGACUACAUGCUGAGCAAGAGCCGGAUGACCCCCUCUGGGCGCAUCAGCGCGCUCGGCACUAAUCCACAAGGGGCACGCCUUCCCUUGGUCCCAAGAAACACACCCCGCCGGUACUGCCUAGUAUGCGACGAGGCCUACCCGCUACGCAAUGCGAGCGACGGGACGUGUUCCCAGUAA